CCGCUCUCACUGCAGUCAGUCCUCAUCCAGUCCGGCCAUCAUGAGCUACACGGUAGAGCACCACCUCUUCGGCCCGACCUCGUACCGCAAGGCUCGGCCAGCCUCCGGCUCCUCCAGCGGCUUCCACUCCCAGCGCCGCCGCCUCACCCACGGCCAUCCACCCUCCGCGGACGCCUUGGACAACUUCAGCGGCGACAUGGGCCGGAGGAACGAGAAGGAGAUUCUGCAGACUCUGAACGACCGGUUCGCCGGGUACAUCGACAAGGUGCGCAACCUGGAGAUGCACAACCGCAACUUGGAGGCGGAAGCGGCGGCUCUGAGGCAGAGCAACGCCGGGCGCGCCUCGAUCGGGGAGCACUACGAGCGAGAGCUGGGCGACCUGAGGGAUCUGCUGCAGCAGCUGACCGGGGAGAAGACCCGCACGGCUCUGGAGCAUGAGCACCUGGAGGAGGACAUCCAGCAGCUGCGGGUCCGGCUGGAAGACGAGGCGCGCAACCGGGAAGAGUUGGAUGCUGCGGCGCGCGCCAUGAAAAAGUACGUCGACGAGUGCCGGAUGGCGCGCACGGAGCUGGACAAGAAGCUCCGCGCGUUGGAGGAGGAGGCCGUUUUCCUGAAGAAGAACCACGAGGAAGAAGUGUCGGAGCUCCUGCAGCAGAUUCACGGCGCACAGGUGAGCUUCGACAUGCGGGACGCGGUUAAGACUGACGUCACCGGCGCUCUGCGGGAGAUCCGUGCGCAGCUGGACGGCCACGCAUCCAAGAGCUCCACGCAAGCGGAGGAAUGGUUCAGAGUGCGUAUGGAGCAUCUCUCCGAAGCUGCUCGGUCCAACCAAGGUGCAAUUCGGGGAAGCCAGGAGGAAAUCGUAGAGUACCGCCGCCAGCUCCAGAGCCGCACGAUCGAGCUGGAGACUCUUCGGGGUACCAAGGAGUCGCUGGAGAGGCAGUGCGUGGAAAGUGAAGACAGACACCACGACGACCUCAACUCCCUACAGGCGACCAUCAACCAGCUGGACAAUGAGCUGAAAAGUACCAAAUGGGAGAUGGCUAGCCAGCUGAAGGACUAUCAGGAGCUGCUGAACGUGAAGAUGGCUUUAGAUAUUGAGAUUGCCGCCUAUAGGAAGUUGCUCGAGGGCGAGGAGAAUCGCUUCGUGUCAGGAGGAGGUCCGUACUCUUACAUGGGGAGCAGAAUCUCUUCCCACAUGAAGGUGAAAGGAGAGGAGAUGUCAGACACCGUCAUAGUGGAAGAACAGACCGAUGAGACCCAGGUGACAGAGGUGACAGAGGAGGCAGAUGAAGAGGAGGAGGAAGAGAAAGGAGAAGAGGAAGGCGAAGAAACCAAAGAGGAGGAGGAGGAGGAGGAAGGUGUGGAAGGAGAAGAUAAGGAAGGAGAGGGAGAAGAAGAGAAGGAGGAAGAAAAGGGAGAAGAGACGGCUGAGGAGGCUGCUGAGGUAGAUGAUGAUUCCAAAUCUACAGAAAAGGCUGCAUCUCUUGUGCCUGACUCACUUGCUGUCAAAUCACCUGUGUCUAAAUCUCCACAAACAUCCCCCCAAUCUAAAUCACCAGCAGCCAAAUCACCGAUGCCCAAAUCACCAGCAGCCAAAUCACCGAUGCCCAAAUCACCGGCUAAGUCCCCUGAGGUCAAAUCCCCGGCAGGAGACGAGUCAAAGUCCCCAACCAGCAAAUCCCCUGAUUCAAAAUCUCCCCGUCCCAAAACCCCUGAGCCACCGUCUCCAGAGAAGGAGAAGGUCAAGCCUGCCGCUGCCGAAGACACCCCUAAAGAGGAGAAAUUACAGGAGAAACCUCAGCCUGUCAAAGAGGAGAAGAAGGAGAAAGAACAGCCUGUGAAGGAGGACGAGAAGAAGAAAGAGCCCAAGGAGAAAGAGCCAGAAAAGGCAGACCAAGCAGAUGCAAAGAAAGACAGCAAGGAAGAGGAAGCGCCAAAGAUGGAUGACGAGUCUAAACCGGCUGCUCCCAGCAAGCCUUCAGAGGACAAACCGGCCCCCAAGUCUGAGCCCAAAGAGGCUGCUCCCCCCGCCAAGGAGGAGAAACCCGCUGCUCCUAAAUCAGAGAAGGCCGAGCCUGAGCCAAAGCCCGCCCCCAAGGCGGAGCCUGGGAAAACAGAGGUAAAGAAGGAGGAGAAGAAGCCGGAGGAGAAGAAGCCAGAGGAGAAGAAGCCAGAGGAGAAGAAACCAGAGGAGAAGAAGCCAGAGGAGAAGAAGCCGGAGGAGAAGUCUGUACCUAAAGCAGAACCCGAGAAAACUGAGAGCAAGAAAGAUGAGAAGAAGCCAGAGCAAAAAAAGGAAGCAGGUAAAGAAGAGAGUAAGGAGGUGAAGGAGGAAGGGAAGGCGGAGAAGUCUCCUGGCACGGAGUCAAAGGCGGCCCCCGAGGAGAAGGCCAAGAAGUGAGUGUGAAAGGCUGUGAUUUGAGGCACGAGCCGAGGACGAGGUGGAGAUGCCAAAGAACUGUGAAGGAGGAGGGGAGGUUAACGAGCAGGAGAAAAGGGGUUGGAAGUACCCAGCUGCUCAGAUCAGGCGCUUUAAGCAGGUGAUGGUAUGUAAGCAAUAGUGAUCUCUGUAGCAAAUUACCCCGUGCUCCCUAAGUAUGGCCAUUACACCCCCCCCGAUGCUUCUGAUGUAUGACUAGUGAAUGCAGAAUGCUCUUAACUCUUAUCGUGAAUAUGACGACUGCCCUUAAUUAAUAUCAAGUGCAUUUAAAGUGAAUCCCGCUGACGGGGACUGCUGCAAAAGCCUUCAAGGGUUAGAGAUGUCAAAAUAAUGUCAAGCUAAUGAUUGUGACAGAUAUUGAAUAUAAAAACAUAUAUUUAAGGAGAUACAAAUGUCUAUAUUAUAUUUACAGAUACGACAGUAAGAAAGAGCUGCGUUUUGCUUGUUGUGCACCUUAAAGCAGCUUCCCCUGACAGGUGAACUGCAGCGUCUCACUCUUGUGGUCUGCACUGCUAGGACAAUGAUGAGUAUGUUAUGUAUAAACUGCUGAGAAUAUGCAAUAUGAAACAGAUAAAUAAAGAAUGAAAAAAAAUUAAACA